AUGGCUGCGUUAUAUUCGGAUUUCUUCGAGCAACUACAGGUGGUUUUACCAUCGAAUUACUUCGCCAAUAUUAAAUCCAGUAAAUGGUUCAACAAGUUUUUUGAAUCAAUCGCAGAUCCAUCAGAUGGUGGACGUUUGAUCACAACGAAAGAGCUGCUUUCAUUCAAAGACAGUCAAGCUGGUGAGGAGCUUAUCGCUGUGUGGAAUGCAACGGUUCAGCUAUGGGAAUCAGGACAAAUUGAUCCGCUCACUGAAACGAAUGCAUCGGCGAUUUCAUUCGCUAACGCACGCAAA